GUGAGAGCGAACCAUAAUUUUUUUGCAGCCGGACAUUGGAUUUCCGAUCGCUGCUCGAAGAGAGGAAGCCGCGAUUCUUCCCAACCAAGGCGCUGUCGAUGCCCACCAUGUCGGCUCCUGCUGGCGGAAGCUCGCAGGAUGCGGUAGUUUCCAGCAGUCAGAAAUCCGACAAGAAACAUAAGCGCACAAAGUCCGACCACAAGAAGAAGCGCUCGAGGGAAGAUGACGAUGUCGCUCUUGUCGAGGAGACUCCCCGGAAGUCGAAGAAGACGAAGAGUGAGGACCCAAACGAUGCCGACCGAGGAGAACGGCGAGAAGGUGCCGUGUCCAUCGUCGACUCGCCGUCCAGCAAGAAGAAGAGGCACAGGGAACGAGAUGUCAACGGAGAGGCCCAUGACGGAGUAGUUGAGCCACCUUCGACCGCGGAAGAGGCCAGGAAGGAACACAAAAAGUCGAGCAAACGGUCGAAAGAUUCGGAGCAACCCAUACCGGAACCAAUGGUUGUUGACUCGUCCGGAGCGGCUCCGGCGGAAGAGGACCGCAAGCAGGAGAAGAAGCGCAAGGAGAAGAAACUGAAGAAGCAAAAAGUGGAGGAUGAAGCCGGGAUCCAUGACGAAUCGGCGCAACCCGAAGGCCUUGCACAGGAGAAGAAGAAGAAGCGGAAGAGCAAAGAGAGAGCCAAGGAGGCCUCAGACGUGGAUGCAACAAUACAGUCCCAGGACAUGCCGGCGGCGGCGGAGUCCUUUGCAGAACUGCCCGCCGACCCCGACUUCCCAUUCUUCACCCAGACUAUCUCGCUUUACGUUCCGUUCUUCCCGGUUGGGUUUGACAAACCGUUGACCAACGUCGCCGCACAACAUCUGGAUCCCCUGGUUAACCACUACUCCCCGGUGCUGCGCGGCGUCCUCCUCAGCUACUCGAACCUCAACCUUUCCGACCGGCCGGCGAAGGCGAGCAUCACCCACCCGCCUACCGACCAGACUCCAGCCCUGCUGCACUCGAUCGACGAAUAUGCCGUUGGCUUUGGCUGGCUCACGUUCGACGCGAACCUGUUCAUCCCUUCCCGAGGCAAGUGGAUGGAAGGAGUCGUGCAGCUGCAGAGCGAGGGUCACAUCGGGGUGGUGUGCUGGAAUCGGUUCAACGCCAGCAUCGAGGCGAAGCGUCUGCCCGCGGGUUGGAGCUGGGUUGACUUGACUACAGGCGGCGCGAAGCAGAGCGCUUCGCCCGUGGCCAACGAGGACGGGUCCGGCCAAGAUGAUCAGGAAGAGGACAUGCUGGACGGCGAGGAGCUUCAGGUCGUGGAGCAGAUCCACACAACCGGCUACUGGGUCAACGAGCGCGGGCGGAAGGUGAGCGGCAAGCUGCGCUUCCGCAUAAAGAAUUUCGACGUUGGGCUGGCUGGAGACUACGGCUAUCUCAGCAUCGAAGGGACGUGCCUGGACGACGACGCCGAGCGAGCUCUUGCCGCCCAGGAACGCGAGAUGGAGCGGGCUCGGCGGGCGAAGCAGAGCCCGGGCGGCCUCCUCCGGCCUCUCUCGAGGCGCGUGCCCGAGUUCAGCAUGACGAGAUUCGGGAAGGAGGACCAAGAAGAGGAUGGCGGGCAACGAACGGUGCUGUACAAGGGCAGUCGCCCUGGCACGCCCGAUGACUAGGUGUGGUCUGGCUUGACGCGCCAAUUCUCUUCGCCACCCUC